GCGGUGUCACCGAAAUGUACUUCCGGGUUAGAGGAGCUAAAGCUAGCUCGAGCUAGCCGCUACAGACCGAGACGGCAGCGGAGGAGGAAAAACAUGCGGUCCUGUCACCAGCGACGACCAAGAGAAAUGUUGUAACUUGGGACUAAAUUGUGAGGAAACAUGACGGAGCCACGCAACCCCGGCAUGUCGUCCGUCCCUCAGGCGGCCCCCCCGGCGCACGCCGACUCGAGCGUCCCGGCCGUGGAGAUGGACCCGGUGGAGUACACUCUGAGGAAGCGCCUCCCCCGGAAGCUCCCGAAGAGACGGAACGACGUGUACGUCAACAUGAAGACCGACUUCCGGGCUCAGCUGGCGCGCUGUCAGAAGCUUCUCGAGGGCGGCGCGCACAGGGAGAUCUGCGUCCACGGCUUGGGCCUGGCCAUCAACAGGGCCAUCAACAUCGCCCUCCAGCUGCAAGCCAGCAGCCAGGGGGCGCUGCAGCUGGCGGCCAACACGUCGACGGUGGAGCUCGUGGACGACCUGGAGCCGGACGAUCCGGACGAGGCCGCGGAGCCCAUGACGCGCACGCGUAACAACUCGGCCAUUCACAUCAAGGUUUUCUACCCCGACCCCCAGUGACCGAAAACAGAGAUGUUGUCUGACUGCAGAUGAAUUCUCUCAUGGCUUCAGUCGAAUCCUGCGACUAUCAUCACGUGUUGCAGCCUGUGUUUUAAGAGCAUAGCGUGGACUCUUCUAUAUAAGAUAAGCUUCUUAUUAUUAGGCAUUGUAUUACCUGCAGUAAAUGGAGGAGCAGAGACGCUGAACCGACACAUCAAGACGUCUAUUAGCCGCGUGCAACAACAUCCACGCAAUGAGAAAUGUGUUUGCGCUGUUCAUUGCGAGUGUCUCCGUGACCUCCAUGUACUGUAAGCGAUAUAAACGCCUCAUAAAAACUUCCCUUUCUGUUUGCAUGUCUUGAAGAAACAGUGUUUUUUUUGUCAGGUGAAACUUCUGUGUAAGAUACUACAUGUAAACAUGGCCGUGCCAAAUGUACACAUAUAAGUGUAUUUAAUUUUAUAGUCUGUUAAUGUGUAGUGUUUUAAAGAUGCAAACGGGAAAAAAAAAAAUUUAAGUUUGUGUUUGAGGCAGAUGUUGUUCUAGUAAACGUCCACUAGAUGUCAGUGGUCGUCUACAACAAGCGUCCCAGGAUGUGAUCCCUCAGCGGCCUAAUUUGUGUGGCACCGUGUCACGGCAUGUGUUUUCAAAUAGUUUAAAACAUGUGUUCGACUGAGGGUUGGAGAGGUUUGAAGAAAAAAUAAAAAUAUUUGUUUUUAUAUGGUUGAAUAUACCUCGGUGUUUAUUUAUUUCUAAAUGGAUGGAAUAGAAGACGAUGUAUUUGAUUUGUGGAGACAAAUAAAACUUCCUGGAACUUGA